UUGCUACGACAUCCAGACAGAACCAAGCCUUUUGUGAUCAUUCCGCAUUCUAACCCGUGGGCGGUGUGUGCAGUUUUGGGUCAGAAGCAUGAUGGACUCAUACACCCAAAAGAUGAGGACGGCCUUGCAGCCAUCCUUGGGUAUGGUAUUACUCCCAGAGAACAUCUAGAUGAAGUUGCAGAAACCCUGAUUCCUGCCAAGGGGCGUCUGAACGUGAUGCCACCAGUUAGAUGGCAGGUCGUGAAAGCUGAAGGACACAUCCUCGAAGGCGUGACAGUCAAUGAUGCUGAAUAUCAUGGCCUGAUUCUGGGACUAAAGCUCGCACUGAAGUACGAUGUCGAGGAGCUUGCGGCAGUCGGAGAUUCCGGGAUUGUCGUCCAACAUGCUCAGGGUCUGAUCAAUUGCAACAAGCCCAACCUGCAACGACGCUUAGCUGAGUAUGAAGAUCUCAGGAAGGAUUUUGUGUCAGUUAAAUUGAUUCAUGUUAAACGUGAGUUUAACCAAGCGGCCGACUACCUGACCUCUAAGACUCUCGUGCUCGGAGAAUCCUGGGAUCUCGACGUUCCCGAUGAGAUAGUGCACCUACGUCUCGUAUCCAGGAUCACUGAAAAGAUCAUGAAGCCUUCGGAAGUCCUAAGUACCCCUGUGACUGAUGCGGUUCGCUCCGACCAAGUUGAAUUGGGGACGUGUAACUCUAAAGCCGAAAUACCUGAGUCCUUAGCUACCGCUGCUGAAGUAUUGAUGGUGAUGACGAGGUCACGAACGGAGGCGGGCGUAGGUUCUCGAACUCCUGUAGACCUGUCUGGAUAUCAGGAUGAGCGUUGGAGGAGAAUCAAGGUUCAUCAAGACGGGGACUUGGAGAUCCAGCAAAUGAAGAAGGUCCUAAAAGGGGACGUGCCAGAUCUUCCACGGAACCAGGUAAAGAAGGUUGCAAAGGUCUCUUAUCAGUUUGUGUUAGAUUCGCGAGAUGCCCUCUACAGGCUGAGCACACCCACUCCCGAGAGACCUCGUAACCAACAGUCAGAACUCAGGCUGGUAGUCCCAGACACUUUACGUGCCGACAUGUUACACUACUCGCACGAAGACUUUCAAGGCGGCCAUCAAGGAAUCAACAGGACGUUUGAGCGAUUACGUUCAGAGUUCUACUGGAUCGGGAUGUACGCUGAUGUACAGAAGUUCGUGAGAGAAUGCGUAGAUUGCGCGUCAGCCAAGGGGCGACCACCGGUUCUCGGCCCAUCACCGGGCAAUAUCGAACCAAGAUAUCCGUUCGAGGUGGUCUCUAUGGAUUUCGUCACGGAGCUACCUGAGUCCGACCGUGGCAAUACCUACUUGUUUCUGUUCCAGGAUCAAUUUUCAGGAUAUGUCAUGUGCAAACCUAUGCGGAAUACCGAAGCCCAAGAUGUCGCUGAGGCGUACGAAGAGUGUGUAUUCAGAAGUUUGGGGCGAGUUCAAUGA